CUCACCCGGAAGACUAGGUUUCGGUGCAAAGCGGGGACCCACGAAGAUGAACCCUUUGACUAAGGUGAAGCUGAUCAACGAGCUGAAUGAGCGGGAGGUCCAGCUUGGGGUGGCCGAUAAGGUUUCCUGGCACUCCGAGUACAAGGACAGCGCCUGGGUCUUCUUGGGAGGGCUUCCUUAUGAACUGACUGAAGGAGACAUCAUCUGUGUGUUCUCACAAUAUGGAGAGGUUGUUAACAUUAAUCUCGUGAGGGACAAGAAGACUGGAAAAUCCAAAGGGUUCUGUUUCCUCUGCUAUGAAGACCAGAGGAGCACAGUCCUGGCCGUUGAUAACUUCAAUGGGAUCAAGAUUAAAGGACGAACCAUCCGGGUGGAUCAUGUGUCUAACUACCGUGCUCCAAAGGACUCAGAAGAGUUGGAUGAUGUGACCAGAGAGCUCCAGGAGAAGGGCUGUGGGGUGCACACCCCCUCACCAAGUUCGUCUGAGGGCUCUGAUGAUGACAAAUCCACAAAAAAGCACAAAAAAGACAAAAAGGAAAAAAAGAAAAGAAAGAAAGACAAAGACAAGACUGACCAGGAGGUCCAGGCAGAGCCACUAUCCUCCUCUUCAUCACCCAGGAGCAAGAUGAUGAAGGAGAAGGAGGAGCCUGGCUUGAACAAGCACUGCAGCAAGAACUCAGAGAGGGCUCAGAAGGCAGAGUCCAGAGAGGGCCGGAAACACCACCCCAGCUCCCCUGAGGUCAGGACCACCUGGCGCGAUGGAGCGGCAGACCCGGAGAGGGAGCCAAGGAAGGAGAAACCCAAGCAGGAGCUCAAGUCUUCGAGCAGGAGGGAGGAAAGAGAGGAGAAGAACAGGGAUCGGGACAGAGGUCGCAGCUCAGACACACACUCUAGCUGGCCCAACGGUCGUUCUGAAGGGCAUAGUCACAGGAGUAGAAGUAGGAGCCGAGAGAGAUUCCGUAGGCACAAGAGGGCCCGGCAUUCCCGAGACUGGGAGGCCUCUAAUCCCAGUGACCGCAGGCAUAACUGACGCCACGGCCUGCUCAGCCACUCAGGAGUUUGGGAAAUGAACUGUGAUUUAAAAAUGCAGUUACGCUUUUUGCUUUUACUAUUUCCUGUGUAUAAAAUCUCUGGGGCUGCAUUUUUUAAAAUUCCUUGACUAUUAGUGGGAGAGGGCUGUAGUUUCAACAGCCGAGAAUCCUGGGUUAGCACAAUCCAUUGUCCUUGGGAGUAUACUUGUAUUUAUCAGAGUGUGCACCCUACGUUUUGGUUCAGAAAUGUGGCCCCUGAGCCUGUAGAGCCCAGUUUAUGAUGAGAUUGCCAGGAAAGGGAGAAUAACCAGGCAGUUCUAGAAUCCUGGUUUCUGCGCUAGCUGUUUAGAACCCAGCCUUUGCAGGGGGCAGGUAGAACUAUAGAGAGGCGUGACUUACCAGGCUAGGACAGCUCGGUGCUAAUGUUCUUGAGAUCAGCCAGCUACCCUCCCCCUCUUUUUUUUUGUCAAACUUUUUUUCUGUUGAUCUGUCUCUCUCCAUCUUCUCUUUCCCCCUUGCAAUUUAUUUAUUUAUUUAUUUUUACUGAGGGGAAAUUUACUUAACAUAAAACUGAUAUUUUAAAGCAAAUACCGCAGCGGUAUUUGGACAGUCACAGACUUGUGCAGCUACCACCUCUAUCUAGUUCAAAACCUUUUCAUCACCAAAAAAGGAAGCGGCUCAUUAAGCAGUCACUCCCCGUUGCUCCCUCCCUCAGCUGUUGGUAACCAGCAGUCUGCUUUCUGCCUCUGUGGAUUUCCGGGUUCUGGCUAUCUCAUGUAAGUGGCAUCACACAGUGCGCAGUCUUUUGUGUUUGGCUUCUUUGUUUCACCCAAAGGAGCUCUAGUGGUUUAGUGCUCAGCCGCUCACUGAUCGGACCCCCCAGCCACUCCAUGGGAGAAAGCUGUGGCACUCUGCUUCCGUAAAGAUCCAGCCUUGGAAACGUUAUGGGGGUAGUUCUGCUCUGUCAUAUAGGGUUGCUAUGGGUCGGAAUCGACUUGAGGGCAGUGGUUUUGGUAUUUGGUUCUUUCACUCAGCAUGAUGUGUUCGAGGUUCAUGCAUUUUCAGAAUUUCAUCUCUGUUUAUUGGUAGACGAGACUUCAUCUCUCCCUAUGGCUGAAUAAUAAGUACUCCAUUGUAUGUAUAUACUCUCCAUUUUUUAAAAUAGUAUUUUAUAGUUUUCAGUGUGAGUCUGGUACUUUGGGGUUAAAUUUAUCCCUGAGUGCUUUAUACUUUUUGAUGCUAUUUUAAGUGGAGUUGUUUUCUUUUUGGCUUAUUCUGUGCUUUAGAUAUAGAAAUAGAAAUGUAUAUUUUUUCAGCUAUACACAGGUAUAAAUCACUUGGCAUAUAAUUUACACAUUUAACGUGUACAAUUAAAUGGUUUUGAGUAUAUUCACAGAUGUGUACAACCAUCACCACAGCUAAUUUUAGACUUAUUCUCAUCACCUCCAGAGGAAACCCUGCACGCUUUAGUUUUUACCCCCCUCCACACACAUCCCCUCCAACCCUGAUCAGCCACUGAUCUCCUUGCUGUCUGUAGAGAUUGGCCUAUUCGGGACAUUUCAGUCAAGUGGAAUUACGAUAUGUAGUCUUUGUGUCCGGCUUCUGUCACUUAGCGAGAUGCUUUCAAGGCUCAUCCAUGUGGUAGCAUGUAUCAGUAUUUCUUUUCUGCAUGUGUAGCAUUCUAGUCGAUGUUUCUGUCACAGUCUAUCCAUGCCUCAGUUGAGGGACAUUUGGGUGGUUUCUGCCUUUUGCCUAGCCAGCUCCCUUCUUAGGUUCCAGAUGGACCAGGCUACCUUCUGGGUUUAGUCUGCUUUUCAAGUAAGCUGUUCUUGCUGGGAUAGGAACACUUUGCUGCUCCAUUGCGUAUCUUUCUGGUCUGCUUGGCAUUUGUUUCUCAUUUGAGAAUCUUCUUCUAUUUUAUCAGUCCCUUAUGAGCUUGGUAGAAGAUAGUUCGCGGGCCCUUAAUACCCAGGAUGAAAUGAAGAUUGAAUUUCUGACCCUGCAAAACUGAGGAUCAGACCCUUACUGGUGAGCACCAAGUUCAGUGAUCUUAUGUGUUAGUUUGGGUCUUAGAUUAGAUGCGCAAGAAUAUAUUGUGGAAAACACUUAUGAAGGAAAAUGGGGAGGAGUCUGGAGGAGGCAGGGAGAGCUGUCAGGCUGUCUGCAGGUCUAACCUCUGUGGAGGGGAGAGGGAAGGAAUGAAGAGUGGGUAGGCAAAGUCUUGGACUGUGGUGCCAUUCUGAGAACGUUGCAGCAAGAUCAUACACAGUUGCCUGCCAGACGAGUCCCGCUAGAUCAGCCUUGGUAAGCACGGGUUCCUGUUGGUGGGCUUCCGUCUCAGCCACUGUAGCCACUCUGCUCACUACCUGUUGUACCAGUUCCGUGGUAGCCAGUGGAGAAGGCCUACAUCACCUGGCUGCGGCGUUUUAUUUGCAUGGCCAUUCAGUGCCUGUUCCAUGGUAGGUGUUCUCUGGUGGGUGUUGACAUGUGAUCCUAAAAUCACACACUGCCUACUCCCAUAUGCCCAUCCACAUGCCUGUACACCAGGCCUCCUUAUCUCUGACACUCCAGUCCUUUUCCUUCCAGACUCCCAACUAGAUGGCCAGACCAUUGGCUCAGUCCCAGAAAUGUGAGUGAAUAUAUAUAUGUAUAUAUCAUGGGAGAAACCCUUGGGGGCAGUUCUGCUCUGUCCUAUACGGUCACUAUGAGUCGGAAUCAACUUGCUGGCGUGCAACAAAUAUAUAUUAAAUAAAUGUCCUUACUUCAGACUGCUUUUUCCACACCAAGUAGAUGGUCAAAUGCACCACUUGCAGCUUCAUCCACUGGACAGAGUUGCCCUCUCCGCCCUGAAUGUGACUAAUGCAGAUACCAGCCAUCUUAGUGUGUGGCCAUAUGCAGAGCUGACCCAUCUGUAAACCAAGCUUGGGCAUUUUCCUCCUUGAGCUGGUUUUACAGGAACCCCCCAUAUGGCCAUAGAUACAGAGAUGUGAUAGGGGCCGCCACCCCUGCAUCCUGUUAUCAGGAGUCGUUGAGUUGGUUCUGACUCAGAGACCCAGUGCACAACAGAAUGAAACGCUGCCGGUCCUGCACCAUCCUCACAUUCGUUAAGCUUGAGCCCAUUGUUGCACCCACUGUGUCAAUCCAUCUCAUUGAGGGUCUUCCUCUUUUUCUCUGACCCACUCCUUUACCAAACAUGAUGUCCUUCUCCAGGGAUAGGUCCCUCCUGAUAACAUGUCCAAAGUACAUGAGAUGAAGUCUCGCCAUUGCUUCUAAGAAGCAUUCUGGCUGUAUUUCUUCCAAGACAGAUUUGUUUGUUCUGGCAGUCCAUGGUAUACUCAGUAUUCUUCACGAACACCAUAAUUCGAAGGCAUCAGUUCUUCUUUGGGCUUUUGUAUUCAUUGUCCAGGUUUUGCAUGCAUCCUGUAGGUCUUUAAUAAUGGCAUUAAUCUUCUCCAUCCCCCCUGGGAUGUAGUAUUGUCUUUGAUUUAUUUAUCAGGGUUCUACCAGAGGAACAGCCAGUAGAAGGGGUGUGUGUGUGUGUGCGUGCGUGUAUGUGUAUGUUGUUGUUGGGUGCCAUCGAGUCGGUUUCAACUUAUAGCGACCCUAUAGCACAGAGUAGAACUGCCCUGUAGGGUUUCCAAGGAGCGCCUGGUAGAUUUGAACUGCCAACCUUUUGGUUAGCAGCCAAGAUUUAUUUCAAGGAAUUGGCUUAUGCAAUUGUGAAGUCUUGCUAGGCAAGUUUAAAAUUUAGGGCAGGCUGGCAACUGGACAGGAGCUGAGGGUGCAGUUGACAGGUGAAUUUCUUCCUCGGGGAAGCCGUAGUUUUGCACUUUUGGCCCUCAGUGAUUGGAUGAGGCUCACCCAGAUUAUCGAGGAUAAUCUCCUUUAUUUAAAGUCAGUGACUGUAGAUGUUAACCACGUCUACAAAAUACAUGCAGAGCAACAACAUCUAGAUUAGCGUGUGGUUGAGUAAGUGGGUACUGUAGCCUAACCAUAGCGAUGCUGUGUAUGUCAGAGCAGAACUGUGCUCCAUAGCGUUUUCAGUGGCUGAUUUUGGGGAAGCAGAUUGCCACGCCUUUCUUCUGAGGCACCUCUGGGCAGACUGGAAUCUCCCAUCUUUUGGUCAGCAGCCAGUUGUGUUUACUGUUUUCACCAGUCAGAGUAGACUCCAUGGCAGCUGGUCACUGGUUAUUGCCUAGCCAAGUUAACACAAAACUAACCAUCACGAUUUACUGUCUUGUCCAUGGGGGGUGGGGCAGUUUCAGAGGUUUCCCCUUGGCCUUCCUCACUGUGAUAGCUCUUACCCUACAGGCCAAGGGCCCACGUGGGGGUUACUCCAAUGACCAAGUGUAUCAAUUCCAGUCACACUUGGGGACCGGGAAAAUGAAGAAGCUGAGGGAAGUGAGCGUGCUGGCAUGGACAUAGUAUGUGGGGCCCAAAACCCCACCGGAGGCUAGUGUUCCACAGGAGGCCUAGAGGACACCCCAUUUACCAAGGCCAUGAGGAAUGCACCGGUGCAGGGGGCCCUGGUAUCACCGAGAGGUUCAGAGGUGCUCUCCUCUUCAGUCAGGCCAGGGGGUUAAAUCCUGUGUCCUAAGGAACUGGUCCCCAGGUCUAUGAAUCCUUGUUUUUCUAUCCAGCCUUGUAUUUUGGACCUCUUGAUAUGCUGUGUGCCAUCUAGUAGAUUCGGAUUCAUAGCAACCCCAGCGGAGAGCAGCCCCAUAGGGUUUCCAAGGCUGUCAUCUUUCCAGAAGCAGACUGCCACAUCUUUCUCCCAUGUGGAGUGGCUGGUGGGUUCAAACUGCCGACCUUUGGUUAGCAGCUGAGCGCUUAGCCAUUGUGCCACCGGAGCUCCUUCCUCUCUAGCUAAAAAAACCCAAACCUGUUGCCAUGUAAGUUGAUCCUGACUGAUAGCGACCCUAUAGGACAGAGUAGAUCUGUCCCAUAGGGUUUUGAAAGCUGUAAUCUUUUUUUUUUUAAUUUUUAUUGUGCUUUAAAUGAAAGUUUACAAAUCAAGUCAGUCUCACAAAACCUUAUAUACACCUUGCUGUAUACUCCUAGCUGCUUAAAGUGACAUCUUUUCUUUUUAACACUUUAAAGAGGUCUUUUGCAGUCAGUGCAAUAUGUCUUUUGAUUUCUUGACCGCUGCUUCCGUUGGACGUUGAUUGUGGAUCCAAGUAAAAUGGAAUCCUUGACAACUUCAGUCUUCCCUCUGCUUAUUAUCAUGAUGUGGCUUAUUGGUCCAGUUGUGAGGAUUUUUGUUUUCUUUAUGUUGAGGUAUAAUCCAUACCGAAGGCUCUGGUCUUUGAUCUUCAUCAGUUAAGUACUUCAAGUCCUCUUCACUUUCAGCAAGCAAGGUUGUGUCAUCUGCAUAUCGCAGGUUAUUAACGAGUCUUCCUCCAAUCUUGAUGCUGUGUGUUCUUCAUAUAGUCUGGGUUCUGGGAUUAUUUGCUCAGCAUUCAGAUUGAAUAAGUACCAUGAAAGGAUAUAGCCCUGAUCACGUUCUGAUUUAAAUCAUGCAGUAUCCCCUUGUUCUGUUCAAACACCUGCCUCUUGGUUUCUGUGCAGGUUCCACAUCAGGACAAUUAAGUCUUCUCCCAAUGUUAUUAAAAAUCCGACAAAACCCUGUUGCCGUGUAGUCAAUUCUGAUGCAUAGUGACCCUAUAGGACAGAGUAGAACUGCCCCAUAGAGUUUCAAGGAGUGCCUGGUGGAUUUGAACUGCUGACCCUUUGGUUAGCAGCCGUAGCACUUAACUACUACACCACCUGCAAUGCUGUUAGGAAGCUUUAAAUUUUAUUUUUAAUUUUUAUUGUGCUUUAAGUGAAAGUGUACAAGUCAGACUCUCCUACAAAAACUUACACACACCUUGCUGUGUACUUCUAGCUGCUCUCCCCCAAUGUGACAGCACACUCCUCCUCUCCAUUCUGUAUUUCUCCUGUCCAUUCAGCCAGCUCCUGUUCCCCUCUGCCGUCUCAUCUCCCCUCCAGACAGGAGCUGCCCACAUAGUCUCAUGUGUCUACUUGAGCCAAAACCUCACUCCUCACCAGUAUCAUUUUGUCUUACAGUCCAGUCCAAUCCCUGUCUGAAGAGUUGGCUUCAGGAAUGGUUCCAGUCUUGGGGUAACAGAGGGUCUGGGGGCCAUGACCUCUGGGGUCCCUCCAGUCUCAGACCAUUAAGUCUGGUCUUUUUAUGAGAAUUUGAGGUCUGCAUCCUACUGUUCUCCUGUGCCAUCAGGGAUUCUCUGUUAUGUUCCCUGUCAGGGCAGUCAUCGAUGGUAGUCAGGCACUGUCUAGUUCUUCUGGUCUCAGGCUGAUGUAGUCUCUGAUGUAUGUGGCCCUUUCUGUCUCUUGGGUUCGUAAUUACCUUGUGUCUUUGGUGUUCUUCAUUCUCCUUUGCUCCAGGUGAAAGCUGUAUGUAAUCUUUGUGGAAACACUGCCACUUCUUUCUCCUGUGGAGCAGCUGGUGGAUUCAAACUGCCAACCUUUAGGUUCGCAGUCAAGCGCUUAACGACUGUGCCAGCAGGGUUUCUUCCUCUUCAUCUAGCACCCUUGAAAUCCAAACCCGGGGCUCUCCAUUGACUCCUGCCUGUACAUGCCAGCUAAUUCCUGCCACUCUUUGGUGCCUUUGGUUUUAGCCCUGGUUAUCAGCUUAGUAAUCAGGAGAGGAGCUCGAGACAGUUCCUUCAGGGGCACUGGCUGCCUUGUCUGGGAGUGGCCUCUGCAGAAUCUUCUGGCACAGGGGAAGUGCUCGCUCUUAACUAAGGCAGAGUGGGCCACCUCUGCAAAUUGAAUGUUGGGCAGGAGUGUCUGCAGAGCCAAUACUCUCAGGGGUGUCCAUCCAGAUGUCCCUAUCCCAUGUUUCAGGGUCCAGGUGUUCCCAGCCAAGGCCCUGACUUCAAAGAGCGGACCUGUGAUGUAUUCAGUGGGGAGCAUCUAAUGUUGGUCAGCUGUGUCGUCCGUCCCUCCCCCUCCACCCCGUGCAGAAGAGGGCCUCUGUCAGCUGCUGCAGAAGCCCUCUGGCUCUCAUGUAGUCUUUAACCAUGUGUUAACUGUCUCGUUAUCCUCUGCAGGAUAUCAAUACAAGUCCAUGGUGUCCAGCCGUCUCCCUCAGGUUUGUAAGCCUUGUUCCUCCUGUAUUUGUCAAGUCUGAAUCAGUGUGCCUGCCAGUGCAUUCUCCUCUGUUUUCUCAGGUCAUCAGCAGAGAAAUCUUUAGCAGCUGGACUGCCACCCUGGGCCUGGGGCUCUCCGUGCCCCACAUACCCUACAGGAUGGUACCCGUUCUGUCCACCAGGCAAUGGGUGAGACAGGCCCAGAGCCCUGUCUUCCUGUCUCCUGUUUUCUCAGACCACCCCUGGUACCCCUUGGUAUCUGAGGAGCAGGUGCCAAGAUAUGGGAUUAGACAUGCAAGAGCUUUUUAAGGGAAAAUACCCAAGAGGAAACAUGGAGAGGGAGCCAGAGGAGGCUGGGAGAGCCGUCAGACUUGAUGCAGCUGUGACCUCUGUGGAGGAGAGAGGGUAGGAAGGAAGGAUGGGCAGAAGUCAGAUUGCUGUGCUUUUCUCAGAAUGUUUUUGCAAAGCAAAUGGGUGUGUGUGGGACAGGCAGUCCACCGGGGGCCUCGAGCACCCCUGCGUGUUCUUGGGGAGUGUCUUAAACCGGAGGGCUCAUUCAUCUCCCGCUAGGGAACCAUUUCUGUAACUAGUCACAUGAACAGCUAAGUAGGGCCAAGGUGACCCCAGUAUGACUACUCACCAACUGCCUGCUUCUCAGGGGAAGGGGCUGGUUGGUUGGCUUAUUGCUCAGAAAGUGCUAGACCCUGGGCUUCUCAGCUGCAGUGCAACCCCCUGUAUGUGGGGUAUCCAUCUGAACCUGUCACAUUGUCCUGGGGGGCUUGGGGACAGGGGAACUGGCAAAACUACACUGAUGCUUCUGCUGGUUGUUGGGUUGUCAGUAAUAAGCUGUCUUUGCUCUAACCCAGUCUGUCUACUUUCAACACCUAUGGAACAGUGGUAGGCUUACUCCUUGCUGUCCUGCAUGAGCCUGGGGGUCCUCCUGCCGGCAUCCCUGACCCAAAGUUGCCUGUUUGGGGAGUCCUGUGUCUUCCAGGAAUGGCCUGCUUUAGUACCUCUGCCACACUCAGUCACUGGCUGGGAGCAGUCUGGGGAAGUGUGGCCUGGGUGCAAACGCAGUGGUCGGUUUCAGCGGAGCUGGAUGUUUGAGCUAAGCAGCUGGGGCCAUCAGCCGACUGUAGUCCCUGCAGUCAGAGAUCUGAGAGGGUGGCCUGGUCUGAAACAACCAACUAGCCACUGGUUUUCGUGAACCUUUGGGAACAGGGAAUGUUUACUUGUUCCCUUCAUGGGGUGGGGGGAGAGUUUCACUUCACAGAGGACAGUUGGAAUCCACUGGUGGACAAAUUCCCAGCUGAACAGCUGCAUUGAAAUGCUUAUUAAGAAUGCUUUUUUUAGUGCUUGUGUAUCAGUAUUUGAUGUGGCCUAAUUAACACAUGGAAACCCUGGUGGCGUAGUGGUUAAGUGCUACGGCUGCUAACCCAAGGGUCGACAGUUCAAAUCCGCCAGGCGCUCCUUGGAAACUCUACGGGGCAGUUCUACUCUGUCCUAUAGGGUCGCUAUGAGUCGGGAUCGACUUGACGGCACUGGGUUUGGUUUGGUUUUGGUAAUUAACACAUAAGUCUGUCUCCUUUUGCUUCCUUUAGCCUUUUGGGAAAGGUCCCUAAGUGGUGCAAAUGGUUUGAGCUUGGCUGCUAACCUAAAAGUUGGCAGUUCAAACCUACUCAGUGGUACCGCAGUCUAUGGAGCAGUUCUGCUCUGUAACAUAUGGGUCGCCAUGAGUUGGAAUUGACUCCAUGGAAACAAACAACAAGAAGCCUAUUGGGGCAUGUACCAAACUUGGCAGUGUAUGGACUCAUUGAAUCCUAAACGGGAAAGAAUCCUUAUCUGGACUCCCUUCUGUAAACAUGAUUGAAGCUCCCUCUGAAAGGAAUAACCUGCUCAUUGUCUAAAUGGUAUGCCAGUGAACUGUACAGCAUUCCACGCUGUGCUGUUGUGACCAAGGAACAAAGUCCACCAUUUCCGGGUGUCUUAUAAUUGAUCUGAAAAUGUAAACUCCGAAGAUGUAAUUUGGGGUGUGAUUAUUUGCACUACGAAGGAUUUAACCUGGAGUUCUUCCUGAUUUUUGCAAGUGUUAUUGGAAACUGCAUCAGAGAAUAGAUGAUAAAAGCAGGUCAUAGUUUUCAGUAGGAAACAAGCAACAAUUAUAUUUGCGAUCAGCAUUUGGUGUUCUAUAAAUUAUGGUCAAUACUAUGUCAGGAAAAAGUGGUUGCAACAUCAAUCAGUAAAAAUACUCAAAUCAUGUGCCAGGUCGUAUAAAAAGGCAAAACCGAAUGAUCCGUGUUAAUUAUGUUACCUCUAAAGUAUACACUUAUCACACAAAGGUAUAGAUGUUGUAACUGCGUAUUUAAUCCAAAACCAGUAUACUCUCUGUGAUGAACAUUAGUUAAAAUUUUGGUUACUUUUGCCCAGUUUAGAAUUUAGAAAAGUAUUUGGGGGAUGAUAAAAAAUGACCUAACCUCUUCAAGGAAACCCUGGUGGUGUAGUGGUUAAGUGCUACAGCUGUUAACCAAAAGGUCAGCAGUUCGAAUCCACCAGGUGCUUCUUGGACACUCUGUGGGGCAGUUCUACUCUGUCCUGCGGGGUCACUAUGAGUUGGAAUCGACUCGACGGCAAUGGGUUUCACCUCUUCAAAGAAGUUUUGAACUAAUGGGUUGCCUUUUUUCUGUACUGGCUGUAUAUUUUUAAAUUUCCUUGUGGUGAAAUAUAUGUAACAAAACCUUUGCCAUUUCAACCAUUUUGUGGGUGCAACGCAGUGACAUGAAUUACAUUCCCCAUGUUGUGCAACCAUUGUGGUUUCCAAAUCUGGAUGUAUAUUACUUAUUAAUAAAAAAAUACUAAAAAUUCAGAUUAGUGUUUGUCAUUAAUUGUGGACCUUUAAAAAAAAAAUGAUGCUGCUGCCUGCGAUGAACGGCAGUAUGUAAGGGCAGGAAUAAGAAGUGAGCAAAUGAAGGCAGUCAUGUUUUGGGAUAGGUGGUAUUUAGGCAGGAGAACUGCCUGCCACUCUAUUUGCUAAUAUUCAGGUAACCUAACAUUUAUGGACUAGAAAUACUGCAUAAAGGGAGUUUACUUGUCUAGAACUGUUUCCCCAGGGAGUUCUGGAUAAGGCUGGCACUUUACUCUGACCUAACUUCUUGGAUAAAGCUGGGGCUGAGGGGAUAGAGGGAUUCCAGAGUGGUGGUGUCAGGACAGAAGUGGUGUUUCUGUCCACAGAAGCCGUAUCUAGCCAAACACCAUAUUUGGGGCCAGCUGGUGCAGGUUUUGAUCUGCAAUUUGUGAUUAGUUGCGUUAGCGGCCUCUGGUAUCCUAGGUGAGGCCUAUCCUCUCUCCAUCAACUGAGUUUUGGCAAGUGCAGGGGAGCAAGAACGUCUAGAAAUCAGGGCCUUCCCCUGGCCACACUGGUGGCUCAUGUGUCUCCAAGGGGAUAAGUGCGGAUGCCUGGCGGCUUCAAAGCCCCUCUGAGAAGUCAGGUUCCUGGAAUUUCCUAGGUGUUCUUUUUUUCAGGGCUAGGCUUUGGAAAUGAACUUUCAGGGACCCCCUCAACCUAACCUGAACUGCCUAGUGCCUGUGAGGUGGUGUGGCCUUGUACUAACUAGCCCUGCACUGUCCCUUACAGUUGCCAUGAGCCAUAUGUAGCUACUUAAAUAGACGGACAUUAAAGAUUCAGUUCCUCACACUAGUGACUUGACAGCCAUAUGUGGCCAGUGACUACCGCAUUAUAUCAUGCAUAUGUAGUCUCUUUCUACCGUCACAGAACAUUCUAGUGAACAGCGCUGAACUAGACCAUUCAGGUAUGAAUUUUAUAUAGCUACGUGAUCUAAGAUGAAAGUCUCUCUGGGACUUUGCAUGCCUACCUACAUGCUACCUGUCCUUUGAGGCUUAACUCAAUCCCAGUUCCUCCAGGGCAUUUUUCCUGACCACUCCAGCUCCCAGUGAGGACUCCCCUUCACUGAUCCCCCUAGAGCCCCCAGAAUACUUGAUGAGAUGGUCUUACUGGUCUCAAAUGUUUGCUUGUAAAUUCAUCUUAUCUUCCCAGUGGGGCUGCAAGGCCCUUAAGAGCAGAGUUUAGACCCUACCAACCAUGCCCGGUAGGCACACCUAUCUAUAAAGCAUGGUCCUUCUUCUCAUGCCAAAAUGCCCAUCAAAAGCACUUCUCAAACCCUCCUUUUCUCUGCUGCCUUUGUACUUUCUCUGCUCUAAUUUUCAGUAUUACAAGAAUCAGCUUGUAGGACAAAGCAUUAUGCUUCAAAAACCAU